AUGGAUUCCCUACCCGUAGAGCUCGUGAGGCUCGUCUACCAGUAUUGUGAUGAGCUCAGCGUUAGGAACCUCCGACUGGUGUCUGGUACUCUCGCCGAAGUGGGCUACGAGUUCCUGCUCCCUCCAUCCUUCACGGCCGUGCCAUGGAGAGACGACAUCACGCGGCUGCACUCGAUCGCAACCCACGACCGCCUCAAGGGCAGUAUCGAGUCCGUGACCGUCAAUUUCGCCGAAGUCGACGAAUACAAUGCCCGCCAUGCGUCGUACUUCCAGCACUACCUCCAGGACCCGGAGGAGCGGAACGAGGUCCUGCAGGAUGCAUGGCUACAAUAUUACGAUGCGGAACAGCGCCGAAAGAGCAUGCCCUCCUUUGACAGCAGGUCCUCCAUGGUACGAGAAGCUUUCAAGCAACUGCCCAAUCUCAGGGAACUCGAGGUCACCUUCACAAAAUGCCCCUUUGAUAUCGAAGUUCUCGAGCAGGUCUUCAAGGGCUUGCCCAACUGCAGGAAGAUGGACCGCGCGCAGGCAUUGAAGAACCUGAACGUCAUCAUCUCCGCGGUCCAGUCCACUCAGCUGGCUGCUCUCACCGUUGAUCGCUUUCCGUUAGAGAUACUCAAACUACCUAACGACCGCAGGCAUUGGUUUGACUGCGGACACAACUCCUUCGCAGGGCUCUCUAAGCUCGAUCUGACCAUCGACCCUUCCAGCAUCCUCUUUCCCGCCUCAAGGUUCCGGGCCGUCAAAGGCUUGGGUCAUAUCCUGCGCUUUUCGCCCAAUCUCACGCAUCUCUCUCUUGCUUUUCACGUUUAUGGAUCUCCGCGGUCCAAGUUCAUACUGUGGUUCAACACUCUAGUUGAGGAUUUCACAUUCGAGAAGUUGACGGACCUGAAAUUGGAAGGAAUGUCAUGCGAUGAGGAUGACCUGAGGGAGUUCCUGUCCAGGCACGGCUCAACCCUGCAGCGUCUGCGACUUGGUGGCCGGGGCCUUGCAAAAGCAUAUGAAGGUAGUCUAGGCGGUAUUCACCUAUGCCGGGGGACUUUCAGAAAGCUCUUCACUUCACUCCGGCCACGGCUACCGAAACUAGAGCGACUCCAUCUGGAAGGCGACUUCGAGUGCGGCUCCGUCGAGUCCAGGGGUUAUGAGACCUACAGCUUCCAUGCUGUGACGGAUGAUGAUUGGAAUGAUAUAAGCGGCCAGCGGCGCCCUUGGAAACAAUUAAAGACGAUUGACGGUUCCGAAUUCGAGAACUUCUUGCUUAAGGGAGGGAAAUACCCAGGGAUGGUCUCGUCCGGGACAUCGACUCCUGCCUCGAUGCCAUCGGCACCGUCGACACCGUAA